AUGGCGCGGGGCGGCGAUGGCGGCGGGCGGCGCGCGUCCGCGGCCAUGGAGGCGGAGGCGCGCGGCCGGGCGCUGGAGGAGGCGGCGGCCCGCUGGGUCGUGCUCUUCUACUGCCACCAGGCCGCGCGGGCCUUCCGCGCAGGCCGCAGCCGCGACUUCCGCCAGCUGCGCGACAUCCUCAACGCUGUACUCGUGCGGCCCUUGGCUCUGGAACAACACAUUCAUCUUCAGCUGCGGAUCGUCCAGCUUCUCUCCCGACUUGAAGAGGAUUGGACUACUGAUUCAGAGGCUGAGCAGACACCUUUUGAAAGUGCGCUUGUUUUUCUGGAGACAAUGAAGAAUGAGCGCCAGCUAGAUGAGGCGGUCAUAGAGACACUGAGAAGAAAAAUAAAGGAAGCUGCUGUUAUUGCCUGUGUUAAGAACCAAGAGUUUGAGAAAGCCAACAGGCUUCUGAAGACACAGAUGUUGAAGGACCCGAGUACCCAGAAGACAACAUUGGCCUUGCAGGCCAUCGUCCAAGAGAGGAACUCCUCUCAUCCAAAAAUCUGGAACUUCUCCUUCAAGGCCUUCCAGCAAGAAAUGCUUCUGUGUUUGGAAGAUUACCUGGAUGACUCUGAUCCCUUCCUCCUUGAGAUGGCACAAAAGCACUUGGCUGAUACGCACGCACCCAGGCUCAGUACCUUGGGAGCAGCCAGCAAGGAGACGGGGGCCUCGGAGCCCAUGGAGGAAGGGGCUGGGUCGGCAGAAACAACGAAGAACGAGUCCGUGGGAAGAUCCAAUGAAGAUUUGGCCAAGCCCGAGAUGGAGGGUGAGGCCAGAGGCGUGGAGAAAGAAAGGCUGGAGGCUUUGGUAGGAGCCAGGGAAGAGGGCCCCGUUUCCGAACCAGAGAGAGGAGCUGAUGAGCAAGUGAUAGCAGCAGAGCCUCCUGAACUGUCCUUGGGGGCUCCCAAGGCCUCGGGCCGGUACCCCCACAGGAGGCCAGCCUUCCACAACCUGUCUGGUGUGAGAGGAGCGUUCAAGGCACUUUACGACUCUGCGGAUGCCGAUGCUGCUUUUUCCACGCUGGAUGAGACGGACUGGGCUUGCCCCAAAAAGAUUUCAGGAUCCCACCAAGCGAAGCGCCAGAGGGAGGAGGAGAAGGCUGCCCCUGGAUCUCCUUCCUCACUCCAGAAGACUAAAUGUUUGGUGACCGUUAGCAGGCUGGUCCAGGGGUGUGAGACCUCUUGCCCCUGUGACUCGUGUUCCAGACUAGAAGCGUCACAGAAGCCCCCAGAGACUCCCGUUGCCCGGCCUACGGAACCUGAAACGCCCACCCCGCCACGCAGUCCCCAGUUCCAACAGAGAUCAAGUCUUUGGCGAGAAGAGAAGGAGACCUGGAGUGGGGAGGACGAGCUCUUCAACUGCACAUCUUCAGGGGAAGGGAGCACCAACACUUCCAUCACGUCUGGAGCAAAAAAGCAGAAGUGGACUCCAGAAGAAACUGAGUGGAUCCGGGCAGGUGUGAAGAAGUAUGGAGAAGGGAACUGGAAAGCCAUUUUCAAAGCAUACCGCUUUAAGAAGCGCACUCCAGUGAUGAUUAAGGACCGCUGGCGGACUAUGAAGAAGCUGGGUCUCAACUGAACUUUGGGAGGGUU